CGCGAACUUCGUACUAGUUGUUCAAUUAUUUCUACGGCUGAAUUAAUUCAUUUAAACUUAUAAGUGCUUCGAAAUGAGUGAUGUUGUUAUUGAAAAUGAUUCAAAUGUUUUGCAAGAUACUGAGCAAAUGCAUUUUGAGGCAGAAGAUACUAGUUUUCUAAAUGGCGAGACAAGCUGUGAAAAUCCAGAGGAGCAGGAACGUUCUAAGACUUUGCUACAAUGUACGCUGGUCAAAAAUCAGAACUAUGAGAAUUUGGCCAGCCGGUGGGUCAUCUUUUAUAUGCAGAGCCCCGUAGCCGCAUUGGUUGAGCUAAUGCAAUUUGUGGUGGAGGCCAGUGGCAGUUAUUACCAGAUCCCCAAAGACACUCCGAUGCCAUUCUCCUACAGCAACAUCUUGAUGGCCAGCACAGCCCAGUUUCAAAAUGUCAGCAUGUAUUAUCCCAUGAUUAUGAAGACGGCCAAAUCCUUUGUGAGCAGUGUGGUUAGCUUUUUACAGGCUCUACUGAAGGCGGUCGAUGCCACGCCCAUAAUCCACGACAAAAUGUUUUUGACUGAGUUAACGCGCUUUGUGAUGGCGGGUUCUGAGUGCACAAUUCGACCUCUUCGCCAUACCAGCACUAUGAUAGGUCUUAAACUGAUGACCAUUUUGAGUGAGCUUGCGGAGAGUGAGCCGAUGAAGACACUGUGGAUGAGGAUGUUUAACUGUCUGUUCUUGGAUCGCUACCGGGAUGUGGUGAACGACAUCAGGCUUCUCUGCUUCUCCGAACUUGGGCUGUGGUUCAGCACUUAUCCAAACUGUCACCUUACUCAACGCCGCCUGCGCUUUUUCUUCGAAGCUUUGCAGGAUAGUUCGUCGGAAGUAGGGCAAUGCUGCCUGGACACCAUCUCACAACUCAGCCGCAAUGAAGGACUUCGUCCAAUGUGCCUGGAAUUGGGCAGUGAAUUCAAGGAGCAAUUACGCAAAAUUUCCCUCGAUAAAGAAAGUGAACUGGGGGUGAAAUCCUUGCGCAUAUUGACCGAUUUCUAUCGAUCUUCUCCAGAAAUUCUAAAUAACGCCGACUGUCAACUCCUGGAGCAACUAAUGCUCGCUGCAGAUCGAGAAUUAGCGCAGGCAGCAGCGGAGUUUUUCAACCUGCGAAGAAUGGGAACCGGAGCAGAACCCUUUUUACGAAAACUUAGUCGUUUGUUGCACUUUUUCGUUGUCGAAAGUCAACAUGAACAUGCUGCCUAUCUAGUAGAUGCUUUGAUUGAAAGUUGUGAUUCGAUUCUGGACUGGGAGCCCAUGAUAGCUAUGUUGAUGGAGGAUCAAGCCCCAAAUCAAAACGAAGUCGAGAGCAUUGCUUUGAUUGAAAUCCUUUCCAAAGCAGUAAAGCAAGCAAUCACAGGAGAGAUCCCUCCAGGAAGAUAUACCAAAGAUCUAGAGAGAAAACCGAUGCCAGGAGCCCAAGAGAAGGCCACCAAGCUUCUGGCACCAAUUUUGCCUGAAAUGCUUCAUAAAUAUGAAAAGAGUUGUGAAGGUCUGGAAAAUCUUUUGGAACUCCCGCAGUACUUUAGUCUGGAGUACUACCUGCAGGAAGAUAACUAUGGGCACCUUCAGCAAUUAAUGGAUCAGAUCCAAAGCAUUUUAUUCAAUCAGAACAAAAACUUCGUACUCCGGAUGGCAGCUCACACUCUGGAGGUUCUCUAUGAGUCUACUUCCUCAACGAGGGGGCAUAUAAAAGAGAUCCUCAACAAUGCGGUGACCAAUUACAAGAUUGCACUGCGCGCCUGGCAAGAGUCGUAUGGCAUGACCGGGUCCAGCUCCUCGUCCGUGCACUCAUCCUCCUCAUCGGGCUCCACCAAAAGUCCGAGGAGCAGGGCGCGCCGACUGCUGGUUACCCUUCGUUUGCUUUCAGCCCUUUACGGACGUUUUGAUCUUAGUGCCGGGCAGAUGACCGAGUCGAUUUUGUCCAGCCUGAAGAGAGUGAUCAGGGAGCGGGAGAGACCGGUGAAAGAUUGCCUGCCGGCGGAGGCAGUGGGUCUUUAUCUAGAGGUUGCCUACUUUAGCAUAAGUUGGGACUUAAAGAGCUUUAGAGACGAGUCUUCCAGCGAUUUCAACAUGGAGGAGCCUGCUGCUUCCCUUAAGAAGCACUUGGAAGACUUUCUAUUUGUUACCUUCGAUCAGGUUGUGAAUGAGUACGAUGCGGUAAUCGCAUAUAAUUCAUUUUCAUAUAUAUGCGAUCUGUUUUUGCUAUAUGGAGACCAGCUGCGUAACAGUCCCCAUUCCUGGGUACGUUCCAUUACUUACCAACCGUCUCUUAGCGAGAUAGAGCUGCUGGAAGGCUUUGUCCUGCGAAAUAUCUUUGUCUGCAGUCCUUUGGAAAUUAUGAAAGAACAUAACUUUGAUCAGCUGCAAUGCAUGCGCCGCAUUGUGGCCAGCUACUGCAAACUGGUGAUUUUUAAUGUGUUCCCCAUCAUGAGAGCCUCCAAGAUCUUUCAGUAUUACGAAAAGUACAAUGCAGCAUUUGGGGACAUUAUGAGAAGUUCCAUGGAACAAGCCCUGAACAUCAAUUCCGUCCACUAUGGAAUGACCGUAAUUCACACCUGUUUGCUGCAAUACGAGAAGAUUAUGGCGGAUAAUAAUGGAGAAGGUGUAAGGGCCUUCAGUUCCACAGAGUUCUCCGAUCUUAUUGGCCUGGCCAAACGAUUGGCGGAGACCUUUAAUUCCAAUCUCGUGAAUAAUCGCCACGGUGUAUUGGCUCUUCACAGAGCUGGUAUUAUGUAUGUUUUGGAAUCGGUUCAAGAUAAACCGACGGAUGCCCCAAAAAAUCUACUCUUCUUGCGUGUCAUCCAGGAGUUCGUGCCACAGGUUUUGGUACAGGACAAAUCCACACUUCUUAACAUGGUACAGCGCAUUGAGCAGCCGGCAUUACCUUCUUGCAGCAGAGAGGAGUGGCAGCCUUUGGAAGGAUAUCGUUCCGCCUUGAAUUAGU